AUGUCUCAGUUGACACUUUAUACCGAUCGUCGGUUCCCUUGCCCUCAGAGACUGCAAUUGGUAAUUCUUGAGCUGGGUCUUGACAUCACUGACAUUCAUGAGGUGGAUAUUAUCAAACGUGAGCAGCAGAAGCCGGAGUUUCUUAAGAUCAACCCUUUUGGAGCCGUCCCCUGCCUCCAGGACCACUCGCAUGAUCCAGUUCUUGGUAUGACUGAGUCUCGCGCUAUUGCUCGAUAUCUCGCAGAUCGGUAUGGCGGGCUGGACAAUAAACUCAUACCCGAUGGUGAAGUUGCAAAGGCCAAGUUCGAAGAAGCUGCAUCCAUCGAAUUGACCUCUUUCGAUGCUGUUGCAAAUCCACUGGCUUUCGAAGUCUACUUCAAAUCGCAAUUCAUGAACCAAGAGCCCAAGGAGCAGGUAGUCAAGGAUCUUAAAGUGAAACUUGAACGAGUGCUGAGACUCCUUGACCAAAAGCUCAGCACACAGCCUUUCAUGGCUGGCUCGGUCAGUAUGGUUGUAAUUCGAGUCUUGCAACAGAGCAUCUAA